CAGCAGUGGCAGCAUCCGCCGUGGCAGCGGCAACAGUCGAGCGGCAGACUCGAUGCAGCAGAGCCACAGAUUCCGGCAUUACGUAUACGCCCAGUCUACGUCGAGUUGGCCACGUGUACGGACACGCGGCGCGGUUCGCUUUCUCCGGUGGCAGCACAUUCGAUAUUAACGUUUCACUACCAAAAACUUCGCGAUUGGCUGCUAAAAAAAAAUCACCAGAGAUACGAUUUGAAAAUCAUAAGAUUUUGCUUUUGUUCAAAUAAAAUACAAAUUUUUUUUGUUUGGUUUUUUGAGUGCAGUGACAGUGCCAGUGUGAAAGUGUGUGUGUGUGUGAAAAGCUUGCCGGCUUGAAAAAUGCGCGCCAAAAAUUGAGAAAUUUUCGCGGAGCGCAGCGGCAACAAAAACAAAUAAAAACAACAUUUCGCAACGCAGCCAAAGGAGGAGACAACACACAAAUAGAUAAUCUGAAGUGCAUGGUCGUCGGCAUUCGCAAAUCUAAGGACUGGCAAAUUAAAAACUAAAUGACGCAUGAUUAACAAACGCUCUGCUGUUCGUCGUCGGGAUUUUUGCGUUACGUGUGAGGGACUCUUACUGCGAGCGGAGCAGCAGAAAGAGAGGUUGCGAGCGGGCUAGAGCGAGACGGAGACUAUAAGACUGAAGCUGGCAAACCUCACACAAAAUGCGAAGAAGAGGAAGCACUUGCAGCGCACAACAACCACAGCAGCGGCCACACAAACAGCAGCAGCAGCAGCAGCAGCAGCAAAAUCAAAGGUUAAUCCCCGGCCAACGCUGUUCGCUGCUAAUGUUGCUAAUUGUUGGCCAAGCAGUUUACGCUUCUGCCGGCAGUGAGUUAAUCGCAAAUCGCUCGGCUUCAGCAGGUGAAUCGCUGAUAAUGCCGUCGAAUUUCACCGCAGCUACGCCGCCACCCGCCCCAAGAUUCAGCAGUCCCUUUCGGGAGCAGGAUGUGGCCGAGGGGGAGGAGUUGGCGGGUGGUGGGCAGGUCGAUUGGUUGGAGGAGCAGCAUCCGCUGACCAUUUCCCGACCGCCAAGAGCAGGGCGCAGCGAGCGGCAGGCAGAGGAGGAUCAGGUGGACCGCUGUCGUCUCUUCGUCGAGGGGGAUCCCACCAAGAACGAGCUGUACAGCCCCGAGUAUCCCAACCUGUAUCCGAAGAACAUCAACUGCACCCGGGUGAUAACAGCGCCAAAGGGACAAAUCAUACGCCUGGACUUUCGCAACUCGUUUAAUAUCGAGGCCAAGGAGGGGUGCAAAUUUGAUUUUCUCGAAAUACGGGAUGGCCAGUACGGCUUCUCCUCGCUGAUUGGCAAGUUCUGCGGCACCGACUUUCCGCCGGAGAUCACCUCCAAGGAGCGCUAUUUGUGGCUACACUUCCACUCCGACGAGACCAUCGAGUACACCGGCUUUAGUGCGGUCUAUGAGUAUCUGGACAGGAGUCGGGAUGCGCCCAGCACCGAUCUCAACUGCACCAUCGAUAAGGGCGGCUUCGAGGGCUUCAUCAACUCCACGGAUGUUCCGGCCGAGAUCUGGGAACAGGUCAACCGCAACAAGAUUGCGCUGGACUGCAUCUGGCGCAUUCAGGUCAAGGAGAAUUGGAAGAUAUUUCUCAAGUUUCUGGACUUCAAGCUGAGCAAGCCGAACGAUUGUCAAACCAACUUCCUGGAUAUAUUCCCGGAGCAGACGGUGAUGCCACUGAGGGUUAAGAACUUCUGCGGUUCAGCUGGCGAGAGUAUUACGGCGGAGUCAAACAUCCUGCACUUGCGCUUCUACGCAGAUCAAACCGCGAUUAACUCGACAUUUGGCAUUCUGUUCACGGCGUUCCGGGAACGUGGAGCUGCCUGCACCGAGGACGAGUACGAUUGCGAGGACGCGACCUGCAUAUCAAAGGAUUUGAAAUGUAAUAACCUAGACAAUUGUAAAUUUCGAUGGGACGAGGAGGGCUGCACGAGCGAGGCGGCCGGCCAAUCGGAGCACGUGGUCAUCAUUGUGAUUGUGUUUGGCCUGAUACUCGGCGGAAUGGUCAUUACGUUCAUCGUCAAUUGCAUACGCAAGAUAAUACGUGAUCAGAAGAUAAUACGCGAGCACAUCCGAGAGUCGAAGGAGAGCAAGCUGGACGAGAUGGGCCGCAACUCCAAGGGACGCUCGCGGGAGAACAUAUCCAGGCAAAAGCACUCGCAAACAUCGCUGCAGAUCCUGGAUGAUGUGUCCAAUCGAUACUAUCGCGAGGCAGUUCCACUAUCGACGCAGUCCAGCAAGGCGGACUUCAAGGAGAAGGAGCAUAGCAUCCUGCGCCGCCAUGCCGAUAUGACGCAAACAAGUCUCUGCGGCGUUGGCGAGGAUGAUGGCGAAUCCUCAUCGACGACCACGGCCACACACGAGAUGAUGACAAAGGCGGCCAUGUCGGCGGUGCCCUCCAAUGCCUGCGACAUGGGCUGUCAGACGAGGGAAUCGCUGUUUGUCAACAGUCCCGGAAUUGGACCGUCGGCGGGUCCUGGUGUUGGUGUUGCUGUUGGCAUCGGUAUCGCCGUCGCUCCCGGCGGCGGUGUUGCCACGCUAAUGAGACAAAAGUCCAGCUCCUCAUCGCUGGGCGUGGGUGGUGGCGCUGGGGGCGGGGCCAUGAUGAUGCCGCCCCCGCCACCGCGCUUCUUCUCCACCUUCGGCUAUGAGCCAUCGGGAUCGCCGGCGGUGGCAACGCUGACAAGGCGCAGCAUGCACCAGCAGCAGCAACAUCCGCAGAUGCCGCGCCAGGAGUCCAUGGAGAUGGAGGAGCGACACAGCGGCCGCUCGCACUACGGCGGCCUGCUGGUGACCUCGACGGCGAAGCAGCCGCAGGAGAUCUGUCACCAUCAUCACCAGCAUCAGCAGCAGCAGCAGCAACAUGCACAGCAGCAGCAACAGCAACAGCAGCAGCGCAUGCACCAUGCACAUCCGCAUCCGCCGAGUAUUGCAGCACGUUUGCCCGCGAUGAAGGGGCAUGGAACAGCCAUGGGGCAGACUACGAUCCUGCCCGGCGGCAACAAGCAGCAGCAGCAGCAACAUCAGCAGAAGAACGAGGAGUCCAAAGUGUUUAUCGACAUACGGAAUUCAGCGCCAGACGUGAUUAUCAUGACGUCCCAUUGACAUUUAAGGAUGGCCCGCCAAUCAGCAACAACAACAACGACGGUAGAGAGCAGAAGGAGCUGCAGCAGCAGCAGCAGCAGCAGCAGCAGCAGGAGGAGCAGCAGCAACAUCGGAGCAGAGAGGAUGCAUUGCAGCAACUGGACAUCGGCCAACAUAUUAACCGCAGCCGCAGCGUCGCUGAUGACACAACAAGGACAUCGAGGAGGCGCGUUGCAAUCAGACAAGGGGGCGGUGGUGCUGCUGGUGUUUUUUCGCUUCGCCCACCCACGCCCACGCCCACACCCACAACCACCCACCACCGCCCACACAUCCGCAUCCGGUUUGCAUUCCGUUGCACUCGUUUGGUUCUUAAAGCAAGGUGAACGCUUUCUUUUUUAAACUGCUGCAGUCACAAGUUUUUCGUAAUGAAGACUUCGAAACUUUAUCAGUAACUAUUGUUUUUAAAAAGUUUUUAAACUCACACUAUAUAGUAUUUGGGAACUUGCUUAUGAGCGCAGAAUGUAUAUACAGUUGCGUUUAAUUUAGCUAUGUUUUUUUUAAUAUUUAACGGGUCACCUUCAGCUCAUAAGCUCCUUGAAGAACACCUAAUUGUACAUAUUUAUUUCAAUUGUUACCUUUGUUAAAUAUCCAAACAUAUAUUCGCCGCAACUGUAUGUAUAUGAAUACAGAAUGCAGGACGAUUGCAUCUCCAAUUCCUUUCGGUUCGACUUAUGUACAUUUUCAUUCGAACUUUCCACACCAAGUGCAGGAUGUGCAACGCCCGAAAAUAAAUGGUGUAACAGCCAAUUGAAGGGCCUUUAAGACGACAUAAGCCCACUAAUAGCUGGACAGCAACUGGGGCUGACUGGGCGAGACAAAUGGAAGAUGUGUGUCGGUCCGUUGGCCUCGGCCAGCCCCUUUGCAAUAGCCAUCUGGGUAAUAUGAGGAGCGAAGGGUCCUGGGCAGGGGAAGCCUCCGAGAGAGAGAGAGAGCUGUUCCAGUUGUUGUAGCCGGCGGACCGCAAUUGCUGGCGACAUUUGCCGGACAUUCUACGGCUGCGACAGCGGCAUUUUCAGCUAGAAAACAAUGAGAACGCAGGACACAGAUGCGGAUGGGGAUGCGGAUCCGGAUGCGAAUGCAGAUACAAAUACGUGGUAGUGGGAGUGGUAGUGGGAAUGAAAGUGGGCCGGACAGACACUAAGCAGACCGCUGACAACGUGGCGUAUGAGCAACAUGUUCCAGAACAUUGUUAUCGGACUCCAUUCUAGCAUUCUAGCAAACAUACACCUUUCCACAUUUUCACUUUUCCCCCAAAACCGGUUUGCAGCCUGGAAAAAUGCUCGACAGGAACUUCUUCAUUUACAUGCAUUGCGGACGUGGUCCAUUUCACGACGAUGUCGCGACCAGAGUCCAUCCAUCACGGGCACGUGCUCGUGGCUCCAUUUCGGUCUUGGGUCCAGCGACAUUUGGGGCAGGGGUUUUGGGGUUUUUGGGCUCUGGUUCUGCCACGGGUUCUGGCUCUCGUUCCGCCCCCUGCAACUUCCAACAAACUAUUUGCGCGAAAAUGGUUUUUUUAAUUGAAAUCGGAGUGGUCCACUGCGCUAGUUUUAUGAAAUUCAUUCUCUCCUCUAUUAAAAAACCACACCAGGUCCUCCAUUCGAACCCGUUAAUUAAUAAUGACCGAAAAUUUAGCCAGCAAACGUGGAGGAUUUUUUUGUGUCCUUGGCAGCAAAAAAAUAUUUGGGAAAUUUUUUAGUGCUCUUCAUGUGUGUUUCUCUGUAUAAGUUCUUUGUAAAAUAGCACAAAGCAUAUUGAAAUCAUUUAGCUUGAAUUUUAUGAUGUAAAGUGUAGUAAAAUCUAUCUUAAAUUUUAUUGAAAUAUAUUUAAAACAUAAGUUAAAAGCUCAAAGGCCUUAAAGUGGAAAGCGAGGUAUUUCGCUAACUAAUGUUGACAUUCGUGCAGCACUCAAUGGGUUAACGAAGGACCUGGGUAAUCUUUUUAGUUCAUCUGCCAUCUAAAUCCCUUUCAAUUAGAUAAAUUAGCUGUGGCCACAGAUAUCUCCGCACCUGCUAAAAGUUUCCCCACUCACAAUCUGGAAUCCGUUGGUCCGCAAUUAGCGUGGUCACCGUAAUGCGGUUGCUUUUGGGUUUUCGGUUUUCGGUUUUGGGUAUUCGGAUUUCUGGUUUUCAGUUGGCCAGGAUCAUCCCGACCGACAAUUUGAGUGGUCUGAGUGGUUCCGAUGGUGUAAAUAUUGUCGCAGCUGGCCAAAAAAGUGGUGGAAUGGCUUCUGAAAAAAUAAAGAUGACAAUGACAAUGAGGAAGCGAGGGUGUGGCAAAUCCAUUUGAUUGAUUGAAUUUAAAGAGCAGCGACAGCCACGCGGGAAAACGGGGGAAAAUUACAAGACCGAUGUCUGAUAAUGAUAAUGGUGGUGGUGAUGAUGAUGACCAUGAUGAUGAUGAUGAUGGUGCAGUGCUGCACGAUUUUUAUAUUGCUCUAGGGAAAGCUCAAAUCAUUAGAGUGAUUAAAGGUCGAGCUGACUUGACAAGAGUUCCUUUGACUUGACUCGGACCCUCAUCAACUUGAGCUCUCAAAUCAGUCAUGGAAAAUUCUUAAGCUCUAAAUUCUGUCAAAACGAAUUCAGCCAAUUGUAAUUUUUCUUUCCCGAUGAAAGUUUGUACUUAUACUUUUCGGUACCUCACCGGUAAAUUUGUUUCACACUUCUAUUAAGCAUACUAUGUAUUUUAAACAUCUUGACCCUUAUCAUCUUGUCUCUCAAAUCAGCCAAGGAUAAAGCUUUCAGCAUCAGGUUUAUGCAAAUAUACCAAACACGAAAAGUCAGCAAAGAAAAUGUUGCCAAUUGUGUAUUUUUUGUGAAACAUUUUUACACUGCUAACAUUUGUUUAAACUUUCUACAAAAUCCAACACAUUUUUCAACAUAAAAUUUAUUUUUAAGACACGCAAAACAAAUUAAAAUGCUCUGAAAAAAACUAAUGAAUAUACAUGCAAAUUGUACAUUUAUUUUUAGGAAAUAUUCACUAUUAUACUUUGUUAGCUUUUCUAAAAAAUAAACUAAUUUAGGACCAAAGGUUCCAACUUAGAAAAAUUAACACUUUCCCUAAACACAUCAUUUUAGAAAAUACGUAUUUAAAGGCAAAGAUCUGUUUGUACAUAAAACUAAAGAGAAAAUUUACGUUUCUUUAGGCUUAAGCAAAAUCCCACUUAUAAUUGUUAAAUGAAUUUUUUAUUAAUUUGUUAUAACCCCGAAAACCGUAGUGAACUUUUUCUAGCUAAAAUUUAAGAUGAAAUUUAGCGAUUUUACUAAAAAAAAACGGAAACCCGCAUCAAGAAACUAUACUAAAGUAUAAAAAACUAAAGCUAAAAAAAAGUAAAUCGAUAACAAUGUGUACUAUAAGUCAGCUAUGCCUAGGAUUAAGUUAAAUGUAUAAUAUUUUUUUUUUAUAAAAACAUAUACAUAAAUACUGAAAGUAUCAAAUGAACAACA